CUCCCUCCUUCUCUCUCUCUCACUCUGUCCCUCUCCCCCCUUCCAUCUCUCUCUCUCCCUCUCUCUCUCUCUCGCAAGCAAGCAAGCAAGCAAAAAACUCGGGCUCUUCGCUGACGCUUUCUCAGCAACCCAUUCUCUCGCUACUUUCGAUUUCGAUUUCCAGACUCCAGAAACGGAAAACGAAACUGACCCGCAGCAGCCGCCCGUCCGCCUCUACUCGCCUUGCCCCAAAUCGGGAGAGGCAGCCGGAGCGCGAGCAGUGCGGGAAGAUGAGACCCCUGAAGGAGAAGCUCCAGCGCCUGCAGUGUCAUUUCACCUGGGAUUUUGAGGUCAAGGACAAGAUGGACAUCAGACACUCUCUUGCUAGUCUGUCUCUCCGCCUGGAACACGGCCCCUUCUAUAACCGGGGCACCUAUCUCGCCCUGAAGGCCUAUCUGCGCCAUCUGGAGGGGAGCCCCAAAGAGGCCCUGGACAUCCUGAAGGAAGCCAAGGAGGUCUUGAGGAAGGAACCUCAAGAGACCUUCUCACGUCAGGUCCUGCUGGUCUACGGGAACUACGCUUGGAUUUGCUACCACUUGACCGAUUACAACAGAGUAGACCUCUACUUGGGACAGAUCCGCCAGAUCUGCCGGGACCUGUCCAGCCCUGAGCCCUACUCGGCCCCGAUCCCGGAGGUCUACGCCCAGAAGGGCUGGUCCCUCUUGGCCAUGGGCUUCCGGAACGGCCAGCUUGCCAGGCAGUGUUUCCAGACGGCCCUGGAGCUGCAGGAGUCCAAUGCGGAGCUGGAGGAGGGCCUGACUUUCUCCACCUUUGCUUCCUGGACACACUUUUACGAUGACAAGUUACAGGAAGAGUGCCGGAAGUUGCUGGAAGGGCUGAUCCGUAGCCAGCCCGAAAAUUAUGAAGCCAAAAUAUACUUGGCACAGAUUCUCCGUACGAAAGAUCCUGAAAGAGCGCGACACCUUGCCGACGAUGUGGUCCAGAACAGUCUCAACCCGGAACUCCUGAGAAUGGCCGCCAAGGUCAUUAAGCUCCACUCUACCUCCCAGGCCAUUUCCACCCUGAAGAAGGCCAUGGCCCUCCAAGGUGACUACUAUCUCUUGCACUACGACCUUGGCAUCUAUUACCUGGACCUCUUGGAGCGAGGAUUCGACGGGAACAGAGCGGAAAUCGUGGAAGACGCCACUGAGUGCUUCAAACGGUCACUGGAAUUCGAUCCUGGAUCUGUGUUUUCCCGGCUGAAGCUGGCGAAGUUGUACGGAGAGAAGCGCCCGCUUUAUGAGGAGGAGGUCUACCUGGGCUUGAUGGAGGAGCUGCCAACCGCCAGCAAGAGGUGCCAGCAGUCUUUCUAUCUGCACUGGGGGGAUUUCCUCCUCCGCAAGAAGGGGCAGAGGCAGGCAGCGCUGCGGGCGUACAGAGCCUGCUUGGAGGUGCCGGGGGACCACCCUCUGGAGCAGAAGCAGCUGGAGCAGCGUCUGAGAGAGCUAGCCAGGGCCUUCCGUUCUGAAGGCGAGACGGAACAAGAGAGAGCGGUCCAGCAUCUGCUGUACGAAGUGGCAACAAAACGUUUGGCUCCUCGUUGAAAUGCAGGAUGGGCCCUACACUCACGGGACCCUCCCCAGGAGCUAGUUGGGAAUAUUGGGGUGCCCUGGCUGUGUGGGUGUUGUCCUGGGUUGUUGUUGGCAAGGAAAAUAAUGUUUGUGACCACCUUUCCCUCCUUCUCUUACCUUUUGCUCUUUAGUGCAGGAAGCAUCCAGGGUGAACACCAGACACUUCUUCUACAACUCCCUGCUACUUACACACAAUAUUGUGCCAGGCUCUACAUGUCAGCGCUUAACAUCCAUCCGAGGAUGACCUGUGCUAUAAAGUAGAAUUAAGGAGGAUCUAGUUAAGGGCUUCCCAAACUUGGUAAAUUUAAGACUUGUGGACUUCAACUCCCAGAAUUCCUCAGCCAUUCUAGGAGUUGAAGUCCACCAGUUUUAAAGUUGCCAAGUUUGGAGACUCCUGAUGUAGUUCAUCAAACUGGAGUGCUCUGGAUUGUGAUAGAUUUGGUGUGCCAGAUACUAACCUAUGCCUCUGGCCCCCGCUAGAUACUUUUUAGUCUUUUGUUGUUUUAUAAGCAUACCUUCUUAUAACUCUCUGCUUUCCAAAAUUGUUAUUUGCUUGAUUCUGUUGUAUUUUGUUUUUAAUUGCCUGCACCUCCCUGUGCUGUUUGGGACUGUUUGACCAUAAUAAAGACUGCUGUUAGUAUGUUA